AUGGAAUUUGAUUUUAAAUCGUGUUUCUGGGAUCCGCAUGAUGAUGGUGUCAACAUCCUAUUACAACAUAUCUCCGAUGGCAUUAAAUCAUUGUCAACUUUGGAACAAUUCUUUCGUUCCAAAGCUGAAAUUUCAAAGGACUACGCAAGAAGAUCUGGUGCCAUGGGUGAAAAAUUGAAGAAGGAUAUCUCCAAAAAUCCUGAUUUUGGUAAUUUGAACGAAAUGUUAUUAUCUUUACUAUCUGUAGAAAAGGCCAGAGCAGCUGCGUAUUCAAAACAAUAUGAACUGAUACAAAGUGAUCUGUACCAACAAAUAAAAUUGUUUACUGAUAAUAUGAAGGCUUCCUAUACAACUUUAUCCGGCAAAAUUGAAAAUCUAAGAAAGGAUAAACUGGAAAAAAGAAAAGGUUGUGAAGAAUUGGCUAAAAGAUUAAAAGAAGCGGAAGUCAAAUAUAGAGAUUAUAAACUAAAUGAAAACAAUAUCAUUGGGUCUAGGAAAACAGAACAAAAUAAUAGAGAAAUCAUUAAAUGGGAAACCAACGUUAAAGAAAUAUCCACACAAUUAACUGUUUUAAAGCAUGAAUACAAAGCUUCCCAAAAAUUUUGGUUGAAAUCAUGGGCUUUAAUCUCUGAACAAUUGCAAGGUAUGGAAUAUGAAAGAAUCAGUUUUAUUCAAAGUAAACUACAAGAAUAUAUCAACAUUAAUAUGGAAACAAGCAUACUUGAACAAACUAAAUUAGAUUUUUUAAAUAAUGAAUUAGCCACUUUUACUGCCUGGGAUGAUAUUAAAAAAUUUUCAAGUGAUUAUGGAACAGGAAGGUUAAAGGACAAACAUCAAAAAUCAUCAACAAGACCCGUAUCAUAUGCAUCUUCUGCAAAUAGAACUGAUAUUCCUUUAACUUCAUAUGCAAAUACAAAUGAUGACAAGAGGAAUAAUUUGUCGAAAAGAGAGAGUUACAUGGAAGAUAUCAGACAAUUAUCAGACCAGUUCCAGAGAACCCAUAUGUCAAGGAAUAAUAAUUCCCUUAAUAAAGGGAAACAAAAUUACUAUAACAUCCGACAAACAGAGACCACAGAGAAUGCUUCUACACCACAUAUGGGCUAUGUUACGUAUGAUGAUGAAAAAACUUUGCCUGUCAUAAAACAACGUUCCAAGGGGAAGUUCAACAGGUAUUCUCUACAUGAAUCACAUCUUCCCAAUUAUGUAAAAAUGGAUGAAGAUGUGCUUGCUUCUCCAGUAGAAAAGGUAGAAACACAGUCGGAAGAUGUCUCCCAACAAGAAACUGCAUAUAAAAAUGAUGAAAACCGUUCUACACCACAGCACAUAAAAACACAUUCGGAAUCAUCAGCUACUUCAAGUUCUUCAAAUCCAACAGACUUUUCAGGUCAUAUAAAUAGAAGAAGAAGAAGCAUUGAAUCUAUGUCCACAUCUGUAACAUCAAUUGCUUCAAGCAUCGAUGAUAAUCAAAGAUUUGCAAAAUCAUGGAACUCCACAAAUAAUAGAAAGAGAAAGUCAAUGAGCCAUAUAUCAUCGUUAUUAAACAAUUCCACAACAACUAUUCUACAAGCUUCAAAUAAUGACUAUAAUAAUAUCACAAAUAAUACAAACGCACAACUUAAUGGAUCAACAGGAAGUCGUCCUAAUGGAACAAGACAAAACAGUACAAAUACAAUUUUGAUGAAGUCUUUGGAUAUGUCAAGAUCCACAAGAAGGAAAUCUUUAGUUAAAGACCCAAGUUCAAAUGAUCCUAUUGAGGAUGCUAUAUUAGAGAUGAAUAAAUUACAAGGCGGUGUUGCAAAGGAUAUAAGAAUGGGACGUGUAAAUGACAAUGGUGUCAUAGUUACUUUACCUGUGGUGACUCGAUCAGGUAACUCAGUGAUUAAGUAUGCCAAAGCGUUAUACCCACUAUUAGAUAAUAAUUCACCUGAAGUGAUAAAUUUUGAUAAAAAUGAUUACCUUUUAAUAACUGAAGAAAUAAACGAAGAAUGGUACCUCGGUGAAGUAUAUGACAACGACAAGAUUCAUCCUGCACAUAAGAUAGGAUUGAUACCAUAUAAUUUUAUAAAAAUAUUAGAUUAG